AUGACGAACUUAAUUCCCCAUCAUUAUUACCCUCCUACUAUUCGUCUGCCGCAUUAUGCAGCCAACGAGGCUUCGGUCUUGUCAUUGAUUGCUCAAUUUGGCUUCCUCUGGGCCGCUGUGCUUGGGAUAGCUUUCAUUGUCAUUCGGCGAUUGCGACCUGCCGCGAGUCGGUCAGAUCAACUGGCUUUUAUAUGGAUGUGCUUAACCGGAUUUAUUCAUCUGGUCUUUGAAGCAUACUUCGUUGUCCACCAUGAAUCCCUCGCCGGCUCCCAGGAGUUAUUCGGCCAGCUGUGGAAAGAAUAUUCCCUCUCUGACUCGCGUUACUUGACCUCAGAUUCAUUCCUCGUCGCCAUGGAGGCAGUCACGGCGUUCUGCUGGGGACCCCUCGCAUUCUUCAUCGCAUACUGCAUUGCGGUCAAUCAUCCCCUCCGCCAUGCCCUCCAGCUCAUUCUGUCACUCGGACAGGUCUAUGGGGAUGUCCUUUACUACGCCACGAGUAUGUUCGACCUCUAUUUCCACGGUGUGUCGUUCUGUCGGCCAGAGGGCUAUUACUUUUGGUUCUACUACUUCUUCAUGAACUUUAUUUGGAUUGCGAUUGGCUCCUGUUCGUAG